AUGCCUACCAUGGUGUUUUUGUACAGACAGCACUUCAGACAGCAUUGUGCUGUAGUCGGCAAUCUUCCGUUUUGGUAUAGAGUGGGACAGGGAGGGGGUGAUGCUACUGUUGUAGAACGGUGGGACGGACGUGCAGUUCAGUUUUUGGGCACGCAUACGGUGCUGCAGGGAUUUUAAGGUGUACCUCUUCGGGCUCUUGCAUACCUUUUUCUCGUUAGAUGUGUGCGUGUUCUUUAGAUCCUCAGAUGGCUCUAGCACGUUCGUGACCACGGGCUGAGAGUCUUUGGCUAGAUUUUGGCAAUUGGCAACUGACAUACGGUUUAAUAUGAAGACAACCAACCAACCGACCUAGUAGCCCUCACUGCUAUGGCUAUUUAUUGCUAUUUUUCGUUGCAUCGAUUAAUUGUGGGGGGGGGGGGAUGGAAUGUGUCCAUGAUUUUAGAGGCACUACUGGCAGCAAUUGAUUUUGGUGUUCUGAUGGGUUUGACACUGCUACAGCAGGGAGGGGCUGUUGGAGGCGCAUUUGUUUUGCUUGAAGUAUUUUACCGCGAUUGAUUCCAGAAACAAAUAUAUCUACUCUG